AUAUAGCCCCGCGAAGACAGCUGCGUAGACCGAUUGUGACCCAGCAGGAAAGCAGGGGAAUAGAAAGAGGAGGCCCCUGGCAAGGCCCUGGCACCCCAAGCCACCCAUCAUGGCGCUGGGCUUGGAGCAGGCGGAGGAGCAGCGUCUGUACCAGCAGACGCUCCUGCAGGACGGGCUCAAGGACAUGCUGGACCACGGCAAGUUCCUCGACUGUGUGGUGCGGGCCGGGGAGCGCGAGUUCCCGUGCCACCGCCUGGUGCUGGCCGCCUGCAGCCCCUACUUCCGGGCGCGCUUCCUGGCCGAGCCUGAGCGCGCGGGCGAGCUGCGCCUGGAGGAGGUGUCCCCGGCCGUGGUGGCGCAGGUGCUGCACUACCUGUACACGUCGGAGAUCGCGCUGGACGAGGCGAGCGUGCAGGACUUGUUCGCCGCGGCGCACCGCUUCCAGAUCCCGUCCAUCUUCACCAUCUGCGUGUCCUUCCUACAGAAGCGCCUGUGUCUCGCCAACUGCCUGGCCGUCUUCCGCCUCGGCCUCCUGCUCGACUGCGCGCGCCUGGCCGUGGCCGCCCGCGACUUCGUGUGCGCGCGCUUCUCGCUCGUGGCGCGCGACGCCGACUUCCUCGGGCUCUCCGCCGACGAGCUCAUCGCCAUCAUCUCCAGCGACGGCCUCAACGUGGAGAAGGAGGAGGCCGUGUUCGAGGCGGUGAUGCGGUGGGCGGGCAGCGGCGACGCCGAGACGCGGGAGGAGCGCCAGCGCGCGCUGCCCACCGUCUUCGAGAGCGUGCGCUGCCGCCUGCUGCCGCGGGCCUUCCUGGAGAGCCGCGUGGAGAAGCACCCCCUCGUGCGCGCCCAGCCCGAGCUGCUGCGCAAGGUGCAGAUGGUGAAGGACGCGCACGAGGGCCGCCUCACCGUGCUGCGCAAGAAGAAGAAGGACACGGGGCAGGAGGCAGCCGGGGCCAAGGCUGCUGGCAAGGGCACGGGCGAAGCCAAGGCAGAGGACGACGAGGAGGAGGCUGAACGCAUCAUCCCCGGCAUCCUCAAUGACACUCUGCGCUUUGGCAUGUUCCUGCAGGACCUCAUCUUCAUGCUCGGUGAGGAGGGGGCCGUGGCCUAUGACCCCGCGGCCAACGAGUGCUACUGUGCCUCGCUCUCCACCCAGAUCCCUAAGAACCACGUCAGCCUUGUGACCAAGGAGAACCAGGUCUUUGUGGCUGGGGGCCUCUUCUACAACGAGGACAACAAGGAGGACCCCAUGAGUGCUUACUUCUUGCAGUUUGACCACCUGGACUCCGAGUGGCUGGGGAUGCCGCCACUGCCCUCGCCGCGCUGCCUCUUCGGCCUGGGAGAGGCUCUCAACUCCAUCUACGUGGUGGGCGGCCGAGAGCUCAAGGACGGCGAGCGCAGCCUAGACUCGGUCAUGUGCUACGACCGGCAGUCGUUCAAAUGGGGCGAAUCGGAUCCGCUGCCGUAUGCCGUGUACGGCCACGCGGUGCUCUCCCACAUGGACCUGGUCUACGUCCUUGGCGGCAAAGGCAGCGACAGAAAGUGCCUGAAGAAGAUGUGUGUCUACGACCCUAAGAAGUUCGAGUGGACCGAGCUGGCCCCCAUGCAGACUGCGCGCUCCCUCUUCGGGGCCACCAUCCACGAUGGCCGCAUUUUUGUAGCCGCCGGCGUCACAGACACGGGGCUGACCAGUUCAGCUGAAGUGUACAGCAUCGCGGACAACAAGUGGGCACCCUUUGAGGCCUUCCCACAGGAACGCAGCUCGCUCAGCCUGGUCAGCCUGGCGGGCACCCUGUACGCCAUCGGUGGCUUUGCCACGCUGGAGACCGAGUCUGGAGAGUUGGUCCCCACAGAGCUCAACGACAUCUGGAGAUAUAAUGAGGACGAGAAGAAGUGGGAGGGCGUCCUGAGGGAGAUAGCCUACGCAGCCGGCGCCACCUGCCUACCCGUUCGGCUCAACGUGCUGCGCCUGACCAAGAUGUGACCAGCCCCGAGGGCCUGAACUAAGCACCCCUCCCACCCUGCGGCCACACAGGCCUGGACUUUUGAGGGCUCUGGAGAAGAGGCUGGGAGAAGCCUGAGCCCACCUUGGUCCCGUUGUGCCACCUGGGGGUGCUCUUCAGCAGGGGAGGGAAAUCGCUGCCCAGUCCUAGCCUUUCCAGCAGGGACCAGGGACUUAGGGCUCUCCGGUAUCCCCAUAUCCCCGGUCUUCUUGUUCCAUGAGCCAGAACCACAGGGAGGUUGCAUUCUGGGCCAGUCCCAGCCCGCCUGUUUGCGGUGGAUGUACCCACAGGACUCCAUCUCCUUGCCUGUCAUAUGGGGAGUGUCCCUUUCAAGCACACUCUGCAGCCUGGAUAGGUCCUUAAGAGGAAUAAAGUGACUUCUGAGCAAGUAGCUCAGGGUCUGGAAUCAGAUUCUCCAAGGGUCAGUGGCCAGGUGGUUGAAGAUUCCAGGCUUCGGUGUUCAGCUGCUGGGUUGCCCAGGUCAGUGGCCUCCGCACUCCAUGUGGGUAUCUCCUCCACAUUCUGUGUGCACUGAGAGCCUGACCCCCCCACUCCCUGGGGCUCAGAACCCCCACCUCCUCAAAGAGCAUGGACAAGGAGCCAGGAAAUUGCUGGUGGAAGGGACAGGGAACAGCCAAACUGUGGUAGAAAAGUCUUUUAUUCUAGCGGUCAGGCCCCAUCCGGCCUGGCCUGGGCCUGGGCCUGGGCCCGGAAAUAGCUGAGCAGAGCCUAUCCCUCUCCCCUCUGCCUCCUCCCACCUACUCCGGCUUCUCUUUGUCCUGCUUCUGCUCCUCCUCUAGGGCCAGGGUUCGCUCUCGCUCCUUCACCAGCUGGACACCACAGUAGGUGACAAAUAGGACGGCCAGAGUGGUCUGGGGGAACCCUGUGUGGGGAAGAGGUCAUCGAUGCCUGGGAGCAGGACCCCAGCCUCAGGGACUCUUUUCUUCUCAUGCCCCUCCCCACUUGAUUGGCCCACCCUGCUAGGUCCCCGGGGUGUUGGGGUGGGGUGGGGGCAUUUCAGGAGGUCACAGUCCUCAAGGUUGAUACCUGGCAUCUUCUGUAUCCACACCUCCCUGUCUCUCACCUGUGAGUAGCAGGCGCCUGGCAACCAGCUCUGUGAACUCAAGACUGUUCAGGCUUACAAGGUUGUACAUGAUGAUGGCCCAGAAGUUCAUGGCCCCAAAGAGGGCCCGGACCCUGCGAGACAUCUGCUCCGACAGAGAGGCCUGCCCAGUCCAGGAAAACAUUGGCAGUGGGGCAAGAGGUCAAGGGGAAAGAGGACACAGUUGGUCAGAGGUCCUGCCCACGGGGCUCCCCCAGGUCCUGGGGAUGUGCUUGGGUCUCUGAGAGUCCCCAGGGCAGCCCUCCCUUGUUGUUAAAGAUGGGAAUACUGAGGACCAGAGAGAGGGGAGGGCCUGACCAUCACAGCCUGGCCCAGGUGUCCACACUCCACAAAAGGGGGUGCUGGAUACCAAGAGGGGGAGCCACUGCCUUGACAGCCAGGAAGUUGUGGUGAGAAAGUUCCGGACUGGGGGCCAGGUGUGGCUGGAAGACUCCAGAGAGCAGCAAUGCACCCCCUCCAGUGACCCAGCCAACCCCUGCCCCAGGCCUUCCCUACUCACCUCAAUUUGUGCUAGGGGCCCCCACUCGGCCAGCUUCUGCACCCAGAGUUCAAAGUUGAGGCCAAAGCAGUUAAGGAAUGACCACAGGUAAACAGUAUCACAAGGUCCAAGCCACAGAGUAGUGAUGGCAAAGGUGGCCACGGUGGCCCCCAGCUCUGGAAUCACCUCGGAGUGCUCCCCACCAAUGUGGUCAUACACAUACCUGCAAGAAAGGCAGGAGAAAGGACUAGCGGGGGUGUGGGAGAGGGCAGGUAGGAGAUGGGCAAAGGAUAUGCCACAGGGGCAACCCUCCUCAACACCAUCAUCCCGGGCACGUCCAACAUCCCUGACCUCAGAUGGCUGCUCCUCUUCCACCCAACUUCAGAAUGUGGAAGGCUCAGCUUUGAACUUCGGUGUCUCCUCAUCCAUUCCCCAAGCGAUCUCAUCCAGACCCAAGACUUUGAACACUGUUUCUAGGCUGACGAGCCCCAAAUCUGUGUCUCUAGCCUGCUCUCUUGACUCACACAUCCAACUGUCACUAGACAUCUCACUUGAAUGACAGAGUCCCCCAUCCCUGUCCAAACCCGCUGCAUCCUCAUCUCAGACAAUGACACUUCCAUCCAUUCAGUUGCAUCGAGAAGACGUGGUGCCAUCUUGGACUAUCCGUUCCCCUCUCCACAUCCAAGCCAGCAAAUUCUAUGGGCUCCACGCAGUCCUGACUGCUGCUUGCCACCCCCACUACACCACCCUUGCCCAGUGGGUCAUUUCCUCUCAUAGAUUAUUGCAAGAGCCUCUUAAGUCACUUCCCUGCCUCUGCCUUGGACCCCUACCAACCGUUCUCCACAUAGCACCCAGAAUCAGAGCACAUGACUUCCACAAUCAAACCCUCCCCCAAAGGCUCCCCAUUACAAUUAGAAUAAACCACCUCCCUACUAAGGCUAGAAGAUCCCACGAUGUCUGGUUUCUGCCUCCCUCCCUGACCUCUUCACCCACCAUUUCCCGCUCAUUCUUGCCUUACUGGCCUUCCUGUCCCUCAGACACAGGCAGCUGGUUCCUGCCUCAAACGUAUGCCCUUGUUCCUUCUCCCUUGAAUUCUCUUCCCUAGAUUUCCUUAUCACUCAAGUCUCAAUUCAAAUAUCAGAGGCCUGCCCAGACCAUAACUGUAGAAGCUUCUACCCUGUGGCCAGCUUCUAUCCCAUUACACUUUUUUUUUUUUUAUAAUGCUUACCACUCUCUAAAAUUAUUUAUGUGUCUGUUUACCUGUUUAUAGUCUGUUUCUCCCCACUAGACUGUAAGCUCCAUGAGUUCAGGGUCUUUGCCAUGUUCACUGCUGUAUCUCCAGUGCCUAGAACAGUGCCUGGCACAUAGUAGGUACUCAAUAAAUAUUUGUUAAAUAAAUUCAGUAGAAGACCCAUUGAGUAA